AUGCCUCGGACGAGCAAGCUCGAGAGCCCCGGUUGCCCACCUCUGAGAGUCAUUACUACGGACGUGCUUGGUCUCGUUAAAGGUGGGAUCUCCCCUCCGAUUCUCCGUGCUUUCUUAUCACUUAAUUUGCAUGUUUGUUCCCGCUGCAGUUACUGAAUCUCGUGGGAAGACUGGAAUACCCAAAGUGGUCGAAACUUGGGGCUCAGCUGACGCUUCACGUGGCAUUGUCGCGGCAUCUUUCGCUGACGAUAGAGUUAACACGGUAUGCUGCCUUGAUUCCUGAUAACUGUGAUAUCCCCGGAGACGUAAUUUUUCGUUGCCACAUCGAACUACCCAUCAAACAGCCGGGCGGAUUGUCAAGGAUUUUUGAAAACUGGAGUUCAUUGGCGCGGUAUUCAUAAUUAGAGUUGGAUUUACACAAAGUUUACAUCUAUUGCUAUUUCACCUGUUGGGCGCUGGGAGUCUUGUGCUCUACAUCUUCUCUGAACAUUCAUAUGGUACGACUGAUUAAGCUAAACAUUGUCUGACAUUGCUUAUAAAUCAACACGCUAUGGUUACAUCUGGUCUAUGUGAGGUUAUUACAGGUUAUGGUAAGCGUGUAUAUAGCGACGAAUUCCCCAAGAGCAAACGUUUUCACAAAAACUUACUUUAGCUAAAUUUUAUUUUAUGAGAUGCACAUUAAAAAUGCUUCAUCCGACUCCGACGGUCACAUGGGAGAAGUUAGGUCACGUUCUUCCUUUUCUGUCAGGGUUUACAAAGGACCACACGAGUUUCCUCAGUCAUGUUAACUAUUGACGCAUCAUUUUGUGUUGUUCUGUGGUUAUAUGAAUGGAUACUUUUUAAUGGUCUCUAUGGAUUUUUUAGUCCACGAGUAUGCUAGUGGUAUAUGAUUAAAGGACAAAGAUUUAUUUUUUUUUGUUUUGUUUUGGCUGGGGCAAGAUCUCUCUUGAUGGUGUUUAGUUAUGACCUUUUCUCGGGAUUCACUCCAAACAGAACUCUAUCAUCGUAUAAAUGUUAAUCACACUUUCUCUCCCUCUUUUUGCAGCUUUUGGCAAUUGCUCGAAAAAAUGGCAGUGUGAGUCCUAUCAUACAUCGGAUAGAACAAGUUCCUUUUCUUUAAUUCGUUAAAUCAUUUUCCUUCUUGGUCAUAGCUGAUCACACUCCGUGAACCUCAGGUGGAGUUGCGCAAUCCCUUGAAUGGUGAUACUCUUACAUCAUUUUUAUUACACGAAGUCGGCUUAGAAGGAAAAAUUGAUAAAGAUGACGCUGUUGUUGGGUUGCAUUUGUUUAAGGGAAAGAAUCCGGAGCAGUCAUCUAGGUAUGGUUGAUUUCUUUUUGGUUGCAGCCUAUAUUCAUAUACUGAGUAGUAUAUGUUGAUAUAUAAUUCAGUUGGAAACUUGGUUUAAUAUAUUCUACAGUCUUCUAUCUGACUAUUGACUUACUUACGUUUUUUACCGCACUUUCCGAAUGAUGAAGCAAAGGCAAAUGGAAAAAAAAGUCCUUGGCCAUAUGACGGGUUGUGUUGUGAUACACUGGCGUACUGCCUCCUGUCAUCUGAUUGAUCUGGAUGUGUAUCUACGAUACUAAUUUUUGUGCAUUGGUUUCACAAAUUGGUUUCCCCUGCAAAGACCAUUGAUAGGUAUUGUCUUGUUACUUCCAGGAGAAAUGAGCACGGUUUGAUAUUCUUGUAUAGUAAUGCCAUGUAAUGACAAUGGUGCUGAAUUAAGUGGUGGGGCUAUCCAUCUCUAUGAUAUUAGGCAGAAGCACCGGUAAUAUACAGGUUAUGCGUUAAUUAAAAUCAAAUGCUAAUCCACCAUAUCAAUUUAUUUGUUUCUUCUUGUGUCCUUUAUCGUACUUACAUGUUCGUCAGUUCAUUUGGCAGAUGUGAUUCAACCUUGAACAAAUUAGCUGUAAUGCGGUUGCUGCACCUUCACAUGGAUAAUUUAUUGACUUUCGUAUUUCAUUCAGGUUAAGCACGCUACUCGUCUGUACGGAAAAUAGAAAAGCCUGCCUAAGGUCCUUCAAACUUAGUGAGGCCCUGGAGGAUUUCUCAUUCGUUGAUUCCCCAAACUUAUGGGAUGUGUGCUCCGCUGGUAAAAUUUUAUGUUCUUCACUGGAUGGAAAUGACGGUCAUGCCUUAUUUGCUGGGUAAGUUCCCAAAUUUAGAAAUAAGCUGUUUAAUUUCUUUUCAUUUUUAGCAAGAUAUUGGCUUGAUCUCAUGUAUUCUUUUGGUUAAAAGAUUAGUAUGACUAUACCAUAUUGCACGAUGUUGCUGUGCUGUUGGAGUGAACAUGAUUAUGAAAGCGUGCAAUAUAUUAUCAUCAUAUAGCGUCAAUGAAGGGUUAAAGAGUUUCUCUAUAAAAGACCAUUGUUUCCGGUGACUAUCGAUAGUUCAGCAGAAAUUUUUAUUUUAGUUUAUCAGUUUUUCUCAACUGUUCAUGAAGGCCAUUAAAUAAGUUUAUGUCGAGAUGAAGUUUACAUGGUAUCUCACGGUUGCCCUAAGCACAAAGUUAGUAAGGCAAUGUCAUGCCCUGGUUAUCUGGUCGUAUUAACGUCUGUGGAUCAUUAUGUCCGUCCAAACUGAAGAGUCAACUAUUUUUCCCUGUCAAAUUCAGGAAGGGCGUUGAAGUGAAUGUGUGGGACCUUGACAAGUGCCAGAAGAUCUGGACCGCAAAACCUGUAAGGUUUUGUAUUUCCUAUUUUUUCAAUCUCAUGUAACGGCAUACUCAUUGGUAAAAUUGAUGUGUUCAAAGCCUCCUGCAAACAACCUUGGUAUAUUCACUCCUACUUGGUUCACUGCUGCAUCGUUCCUCAGCAAACAUGACCGUAGGAAAAUUGUUGCGGGGACUAACAGUCAUCAGGUAUAUUGAAAGUUUAGUGGAAUGCAGUUUCUUCAAAAUUUAUCUGUUUUGUUAAAGGCCAUAUCGUUUUGAUAAUUUUUUAAAUAGGUUUGUUACCUUCAUAUUUGAUUUUUUUAUGAAAAAAAUAUUUAUAGUUCCGUGAUACAUUUAUUUAUAAUUUCUACUGCCGUGAUAGGUUCGACUUUAUGAUAUUUCUGCGCAAAGAAGGCCCGUUUUUUCAGUAGAUUUUCGCGAGUCUUCAAUUAAGUCAGUUGCCGAGGAUGUGGAUGGCAAUACUGUCUACGUAGGAACUGGAUCUGGUGAUCUGGCAUCAUUUGACAUGCGGACAGGUUUGUGAUGAUAUCUGGUCUUUAAAGUAAACUUAACCACUAUCUUGAUUUUGUUUUUCCAUCAUCUCAGGAAGGUUGUUGGGUUGCUUUAUUGGUAAGUGUUGUGGAAGCAUUAGGUCCAUUGCAAGGCAUCCUGAUCUGCAAGUGAUUGCAUCAUGUGGUGAGUUAAGUCUAUAACUAUGCGCUUCCAUGGUGUUUUUAUUCCUUUCAUUUUUUGUAUAUUUUUUAAACGCAAUGAGAUCUAGUGACACAGCAGACAAUCAUAAUUAAUAAUUUUUAUGAUUAGAAUUUGGCUAUCUAUUUGGAUGUUGUAAUUGUAUGUGGGCAUUCCUUAAUCUUUUUGAAUAGUUUACUUUGUCUUUCUUCGUGAAGGACGCUUGAUAGACUGCAUACGACUUUAGUUCAUAUUCUGUGCAUCUCAUGGCAUCCAUUGAAAAGUUGAGUGUCAGUGGAGAUUAAUGCUUCCGCCUGCUAGCUUCAAAUGUGAAUGGCAGUAAACAUAUUCACAUCUUUCCAUAUUUGUGACCGCCAUGGCUUAUUUCUACAAAGUCUUGUGAGAUUCGAAUGGAAUGCGGCCAGUUGUGAGCCUUCAAGGAUUAUAGCGGCCAUUGCAUAUAUUGUCUAUACCUCUUUCCUAAACGAGUUGUGCUUUCUUAGCUGAAUUCUUCCAUUUUAUUUUAGUGACUAUUUUUAAUCUCAUAGGAACUGGUUGCCUCAUUUUGUUAUUCCCAUAUGACUAUUUUCAUUUAGUUUUUUGCCCGUGUAAUUUCUUUUCAAGGCAUCUGUACUUCAUCAUACACUUACCCCCAUAUACUUCUUCCUUACUUUUAUCGGGUAUCCUUCAGGACUUGAUGGCUAUUUGCGGUUGUGGGAUACAAGGUCGAGGCAGCCUCUUUCAGCGGUGUGCAUCUAUUCGCAGCUUGAAAUCAUGUUCCAUUCUAUAAUAUUUUAAUUUGGUUCUACCAGAAAAAUGCGCCACUCUGUCACCAAUAGAUUACAGUGCCAUGUGAAAAAAUAGGCUACUUAUCAUUCAUUGCUGUACAGCAUAAUUGAAUUAAUGGGGGGUCAAAUGCCAGGAAAAAGUGAGGUGGACAGUAGUUGUCUCUUACGUAGCUGUGUAGGUGGCAUUUUCCUCAGAAUUCAUUGUAUAUGGAAGAAAUCAUCAAUAGCGGCGAGAGAAAGCAAGGCGAAGUAGCUACCAAAUCUAGAGAUCCUAAGAAUCCUGAAUUGUAUACAACUCUAGAGAUCCUAAAAGUGCUAGAAGGAUGGACGACUAUUUAUGCAUUUCUCAUUGUAGUCAAGCUGGUGGAAGAAAUUGGGAUCGCGUCUAUCAUAAUAAUGAACUCUUUGAUGAAAUGGUGCCUUUUUUGUUUGAACUAGAAUAUUCUGUCUUUUUACUUUAUGAUCCUGGGGAAAUAUGCUCAGCAUUAUGUUAGAAUAACUAUGCAUCUAGCAUUUUCAGACUAGUUACUCAUUCAGGGGUCAACCGUUCAUCCCCUGAAUCCGUCCAGUGUGAGGUUUUUUUCGGAGCUGGCGGCCAGAAUGACCAUAAAUAUUAACUGGAGUUCUUUCCUUUGCACUCUCAUCAAAGAGUGCAACGCGCCUUUUUAAGUUGGGAUGAACAACGUGGUUCUCCAUUUGUUGGGACUAUGAUGAUCCAUUCCGCGUGCCUUUUUAAGUUUGAUGAAUCGGAUUUAUUCUUCCUAAUGCUCACGGAUGUGGCGUAGCUAAAUUUCAUACUGAUUCUCUGGUUACUGUUGGGGCAGGUCUUUCUCAAGCAGCAUCUCACAAAUGUGGCGUUCGAUUCAAGCUUUUCCGACGAAGGUUGAUCUUCCCUACCCUCUUUCAUCACAUUUGUAUCUCGUAUCCAUGAGUAACUGGGUAAAUGUCACGUUCCUCGCUGGCUCUGCUUCCAUCCUACCCUGACGUUGGUCUCUCUUGCUCGUAUCUGUUCUGUCAACAGAAGUUGCGACUGGCGCUGCCGACGAGCGAUAUGAUUCCGAGAUCGAUAAUCUCGAGGAAGCCCGAGCCAGAGAAUGCGAGGAUGAUGAGCCAGCUGCUGGUGUGAGCAGGAAACUUUCCAAGGGGAAGAAGGCCAAGCGAGCCAAAACCAGAAAGAGGGAGAUUGAAGACGACGGUCUGACGGGCGAGGCUGUGGUUGAGACCACUCUUGACGAGGAGAGUAAUGGGGUGUCUCGUGUGAGACAGAAAGACCCGUCUCCGAAGAUUGCGUCAAAGGUGAAGAGUGCCAGCAAGAAGAGAAAGCACAAGCCCCGUUCUGAUGACUCCUAA